AUGGAUCUAAGUGUAUUUUGUGCUUUGAAGGAUGUUCGAACCUGUUACUUUCCGGAGAAAUGGGAAGGUGCCUGGUUUCAGUCCGGAGUUCGCGUGCCGGUCAUUAUCGAAGGGCCCCGACUUAGUACGAAGGGUCGCUGCGUCGGAUCCGACGGAGAUAAAUUCCUCAUGGUGGAUGAGAAGCGGGCCUGCUAUCGUUGCGUCGUGAUCCACGAGAAACACGAGAAUGUCCUGCAGUAUAAGGAAACAUUCUGUCAUAGCCGAGACGCCCUCCCAACCCUCUGCAGCCUGAUCACCGGCGAUGCCCUGCUUUACUCCCUGUUCCGGGAGAACGCCACGCCCGUGCAGUGUCCCUUCAGGGGUCCCUUCACCUUCACCUACAACAGGGGCCACGGAGAGUGCCGGUCGCCCGUUUCCAACAUCGACACCUGCACAGAGGACAGCAAGCUGCUGCUCAGCUACCAGGCCUGUCCGGAUAUUUACGGAUCGGAGAGCACCGUUGAAGAAUUGCAGUGCCUGGCUUCGUGGAAGGAGGGUAGCGUCCGCUACCUGGUCGGCCAGAUCCAUCAUCAUCACGUCACGUCCAACGAGGAUCGAUUCCGAUGUUUCGUCUACGAGAAAACCACACCGUCAUCGGAAAACUCGGACGGCGUGGACUACAGGGUUGCCCAAAGCGGAGACGCCACGUGUAACGGAUUGUUUAGUGCGACGGAGGGGAGCAGGACUAUGACCUUAAGACGAGCUCCGCCGAUAAACAAAUGCCGUUUCCCCUCCUGGCUGGCCAACUACAAUCACUGGCACACGCUGGAUUACUCGGCCAGCUACAGUUUUCAUCAUCGCAACUCGACGUUGCGCAUCACCAAUUCCAGCGGCGUGGAAAUGAAGGUGGUGUGCGUGCAAGUGAAGCACCAGGGGGCGGCCAGGGAGGACGCCCACGUCACGCUCGUCACGCAUUUCACCAUGGGCUGCCAGAGCGGGUUUACUUGUAUGUCCUUCUACAGAAGAGAUGGCCAUGUUGCCGAACUGCAGCUGGGACUCCAAGCUAAAAGACCCGAAGAUGCAUGUACGCCCUCUUAUUUUAACAGAACCAACGUACCCUACGUCACGUUAGUCACUAAUUCCCUUGAGAGACCUACACAAGCAUGUCCUCUUAUUGGCAAAUUCGAUAUCAGCAAACUGCUUCGAAUAGAAAACAAUGCUUAUUCCAAGCAUAAUCAGCAAAGCGAAGAUGAUCCGUACUAUGAUAAACGCUACAAACUGAAGAACAUUGUGCAACCGUUCUCUGAAGAAGGACCGGCAUUUCGAAGAGUGAAAAGAGUGGACUCGAACAGCAACUGCGAUAGUCAGGCUUUUACUGGUCUGGUAGUAGGUUGUAAUAAGUUGGAUACCAUGGAGUUUGAUGCGGAUUGUUCUACGCCAGAUAUUAUUACAGCAUAUACAUGCCACGGAAGAUGGGAAGAGAACGGAACGAACUACCUGAUAACAACUCCACUGAGCAGAACGCACCUUUCCAAAAAGUACUGCUUCAUGUACAAAGAAUCAGCUUCAAACGUUAUAUCAUUUUCGACGUCUAGUUCUUGUAAUAGACACAUUCAGCCGGGAAUAACAGGAGACUUAAUAUUCAACUUGACAAACAGAGGUCAAUGUAUGGACGUGAACGCCUCAUCAAAACCAAACCUUCUACAAUGGCAAAUUCUUCUUCUUUGCUGUACACUGAGCUGGCUCCGACUCAUCUUGAGAUGAUCAAUUUAAGGACUUUUAGACAUUUUAACAAAUUAGCAGUAACAGAAGUAAAAGAAAAAUAAGAAUGAGACUGUAAAAAUACGGUUGUGUUAAAUGUAAUGGAAAU